GUUUCCUUCCGGACAAUUUUAAAUGUAACAUUGCUGUGCGCUCUGUUGUGAGCUGCAGAGUGCAUUGGUUACUGUUAUUUGUUUAUUUACUUUGUAGACGGACUUUAACAAAUAUUAUUAACAAUAAUGGAUGACCAGGGAUGCCCGAGGUGCAAGACGACUAAAUACAGAAAUCCAUCUCUGAAGCUGAUGGUCAAUGUGUGUGGACACACGCUGUGUGAGAGUUGUGUGGACAUGCUGUUUGUCCGUGGCUCAGGUAACUGUGUGCAGUGUAACACUCCUCUCAGAAAGAGUAAUUUCCGCGUGCAGCUCUUCGAAGAUCCAGCCAUCGAUAAAGAGGUGGAGAUCCGCAAGAAGGUUCUCAAAAUUUAUAAUAAGAGGGAAUUUGAUUUUUCCACUCUGAAAGAAUAUAAUGACUACCUGGAGCAGGUGGAGGAUAUUGUGUUUAACCUGACUAAUAACGUAGAUGUUGAAAGGACCAAGCAGAUAAUGGAACAGUACCAGCGAGAUAACAGAGACAUUAUACAGAAAAACAAAGCCAAGCUGACACGUGAGCAGGAGGAGCUGGAGGAGCUAUUGUUACAGGAGCAGCAGGAUUCAGAACAGAGGAGACUGGAGACCCUGCAGGAGGAACAGAGACAACUACAGGCCAAGAGGAAAAACAAACAGGCCCUGCUGGAUAAACUGGAGAGUUCCAAGUUACCUGCGGCUGUGCUCUUGGCCCAACAUAAAGAUCGAGCUGCCCAACUGGAGACCCAGAUAGAAAAACAGAAGCAAAACGUCAAACCAACAAACAUCUUCUCUACUGGAAUAAUGAUGGGUCAGACCGUGUCUUUGGCAUCUGUGUCUCGUGUGGAGGAGGUGUUGUACGUCUAUCAGCCUCUGCACAUUGACACAUACGGGCCACCCGUUCCAGAACUAGACCAGUUGGGCCGACAAGGGUAUCUGAAUCAUGUGCGCACAGCGUCUCCUCAAGAUCAGGCUGGUGGUUAUUCAUCAGGACUGGCCUGCCAUCGUGCCAUCCAGGACGCUUUCAGUGGCCUCUUUCCCUCAUGAUUUUACAAAACUACAGUCACUUCCAUGCCACCUGUUCAUCAGUCUACCUAAAGACUCUCUCAAAGCAAAGGGAAAGACUGUGAGUGUUUGGAUGCAUGGGAAAGAUUCACUUCAUGUGAAUAUGGCCCCUUCAGAAGGUCAGGUUCAGGAUAUUAAGAUGUUUAUGUUGAAGAGUAACAUAAACAAGCUUUAAUAGGUGUACAGAUAUUUUUGUUAAUCAGUUUUGUUAUUUUUGUAAUGCUGUUUCAGUUAAAUAAACAAAAAAAAUGUC